GCCAGGCAGGGCCUUGCUGUAAGCAAGAGAAGGUCAGAUUGAUGGAUGCUGGGAUGUCGAGCAGCCGAGAGGAUGGCGGCGGCAGCGGCUCUGCUGUGGUCAGGAGGUCGGAGGCGAGGGAAGGGGUUGCGCAGAGGGAAGAGGAGCAAGAAGAAGAUGGGGAUGAAGAUCUCCGUGAUGGCGGGGUCCCCUUCUUCGUGAACCGAGGAGGGCUUCCCAUUGACGUGGCCACCUGGGAGAGGAUGUGGAAACAUGUGGCCAAGAUCCACCCUGAUGGAGAAAAGGUAGCCCUCAAGAUCCGAGGGGUCAAUGACCUACCCAAGAUUCCCAUACCAAGUGUGCCUACGCUCCAGCCGUCCACUGUUAUCCCUGAGCGCCUGGAGGCUAUACAGCGCUACAUCAGGGAGCUUCAGUACAAUCAUACUGGGACACAGUUCUUUGAAAUCAAGAAAAGCAGGCCUUUGACGGGGCUGAUGGAUCUGGCCAAAGAAAUGACGAAAGAGGCCCUGCCAAUCAAGUGUCUGGAAGCUGUGAUCCUGGGAAUUUACCUCACCAACAACAUGUCAACGCUGGAGCGUUUCCCCAUCAGCUUCAAAACCUACUUCUCAGGGAACUACUUCCGCCAUAUUGUGCUGGGAGUGAACUUUGGGGGCCGCUAUGGGGCGCUGGGCAUCAGUCGGCGUGAGGAUCUCAUGUACAAGACACCCACCUUUCGCACACUGAGCGACCUGAUCUUUGAUUACGAGGUGGCAUACCGGCGUUGCUGGCACACCCUCAAGAAGGUGAAACUUGGUCAGUAUGUAUCCCAUGAUCCACACAGUGUGGAGCAGAUUGAGUGGAAGCACUCCAUCUUGGAUCUGGAAAAGCUUGGCCGUGAUGACUUCCGGAAGGAGCUCGAGAGACAUUCCCGUGACAUGAGGCUGAAGAUCACCAAAGGAACAGGGCCACCAUCCCCCACCAAGGACAGAAAGAAGGAUGUGUCCUCCCCACAACGAAGCCAAUCUAGCCCUCAUCGUCGCAACAGCCGGAUAGAGAGGCGGCCUUCUGGAGAAAAGAAAACUACUGAGCCAAAACCCAUGCCAGAUCUUAAUGGUUACCAAAUCAGAGUGUAAAGAGACUUGCACCAUUGGUGGACUCCUGACUGGACAGCACUUGGGCAACGUUCUCCUGCAGUAUGCU